CGGCAGUGAGCGAGUGGCAGUGAGUUAAAAGACUUUGUCCGCUGCAGCGCAGCGCGGCAGCAGCAAUUGUCAGGCAUUAAUAAUGGCUCUUUUGUGUUUAUGCUACAUAUGUACGCGCGAGGGGUUCAACGUGUGAUAAUGUGUGCGUUUAGUUAAAGGACUUGGAACGUCGUAGACGAAUCAGUGCGCCUCGGAUACUCGCUUCCUCUCGCGGAACGUUGAAAUUCUCCAUAUAAAACACUCGCCUCCUUAUCCCGCCCGUACUUUUUGCGUUGGUUAGUUUUCCGUGCCUUCGGAUUUCCACACUUGCUAUAUCGCCCACAAACCUAGGUACAUGUGCACCUAGCAGUACACGGUACACACGUACGACGAAGAAGAUGGUAUUAGACCCAAAGACAACAAGCUUACACAGUGAUUACGGAAGUUUUGAUCGUCCAUUGGGAGGGGUUGAGGGACACGAAAGAGACGUAGAGGCUGCGGUGGAUGGAAGUAGCAGUGGAAUGGCACAGUCAAGCGACGUUUAUCAGCGGCAACCUCUUCUUCCCGGAGCACCGACUAAAAACAAGGAUAAAGGGUGGGGUGGCAUCAGCAGCAGCUCUGAAUACUACGAGGAUGACGAAGAUGACAAGAUCGAUGGGCUCGGGCACAUAAGGCAUCCCAAUGUACCAAACGGAUCUGGGAGCGAUAUAGUUAAACUUGACAUACCUGCACCACUAAGAGAAGAACCUCGGUUCCCUAAGGAGAAAUGGAAAACUCUUCUUGCAUUCUUUUUCAUGGUCGUCAAUUUCAUACUCACUACUGCAUCUCUUGCCAUGGUUCACGAACGUGUACCAGACCGUGCAACGUACGGACCUCUUCCUGACGUAGUAUUGGACAACCUAGUUUCUCAAGAUUGGGCGCUCAACGUUUCGGAAAUUCUAAUUAUGAUCGUCUCCAACUCUGCCAUGGUUUUUAUUAUUUUUCACAAGCACAGAUUCAUAGUCUUCAGACGGAUAUUUUUGCUCAUGGGUUUGCUCUACAUGAUGCGAAGCGUUACGAUGUAUGUAACAGUUCUGCCAGUCGCUAGUAAGACCUACUAUUGUAGUCCCAAAGCGAACAACUCCAGUCCGUUAGUUAUCACUAAGAGGGUACUACAGCUUAUCUCUGGGUUUGGAUUGUCAAUCAAUGGAAAGCACACGUACUGCGGAGAUUACAUCUACAGCGGACAUACAGUUGUUCUUGUUCUUAGCUCCCUUAUCAUAAAGGAAUAUUCUCCAAGACGAUGUCAGCUGAUCCACUGGUUAGCAGGACUGAUGGCACUCGUUGGCAUAAUAAUGGUUUUGAUUGCCCAUGGCCAUUAUACUGUCGACGUCCUCAUAGCAUAUUACGUUACUACACGUUUGUGGUAUAUUUAUCAUACAUUGGCCAACAACCCGUACCUAAAACAACAUGGACCCAACAACUUUUUGGCUCGUUUAUGGUGGUUUCCAAUGUUUAAGUACUUUGAAAAAAACGUUGGUGGCACUGUGCCGAGGCAGUACGAUUGGCCUCUUCCGUGGCCCAGAAGAUUUCUUGCCAAGCAUCCAAACCGAGACAGUUAAUAUCUACCUGAGGAUUCAGAGGCGAUAACCGCAGCAUUGGCGUGAUAUAUUUACUGUAUAUAUACAUACAUAUAUACGUGGGUACAUUAGGUAUAUUAAAUGUCUCUGGUAAUGAAUGGUGUGUAUAAUAAUUAAUAUUAAAUGUAUGUAAAAACAUUUUGUAACCUAAAAAACUUGCGUGUAGAAGAUUUACUUGGCGCCAAGUGAAUCACCGCUUUUUUUACUUUGCCCAAAAUAUUCAUCGGUGUUAUCGAUUGUCGAUUUAUGCUGUGAAAAAUAUCUCAGUCUUGUCAGUCACAAUGUAUUUUCCUUUAUUUAAGAUAGAGUCUGCUAUUGCGUUUUUUUAUAAAUUUUUUUAUUCAACGGUCCUGUUUAUUUUAUUUCCUUAGAUGUUAUUUUUCUUCGCUUUUUCAAUUAUUUUCGUCGUUCUUCAAAGUAUCCGAAAAACGUUGCGCUCUUGAUAACUGACAGGAAAGUAUUAUCUGUUUAUUUACAAGGAUCUGUUGGAAAUAAUUUUAAUUCUUGGAACGCGUCACAAAAUUUUCUAAUACCCUAAUCUUCUGUGUAUAAAGUGAAGUUCGUAAUAUACCACAUAUAUAUAUAUAUUUAAAAAAUAUAUUUAAAAAAUCCUUCCAUGCUGUAAAAAAAGAUUAUAUACCGUUGACUUAUCAAGCAAUCGCAAGUGCUUCGACGAUUGUAGUAUAAGUAUAUUUUAAGUGUGAAAUGCGUGUCACGCAGUCAGAUGUUUUUGAUUGUGUGUGGUGAAGAUACUGAUUUAAACAUAAUUUAAAAAAAAAUAGCACUCUUAACGAGUUAAUUUUGUUCUUAGUACUGUUUCAUGUUUAGUGUUUGAAUAUGUCUAAAAAAAUUUAAAUGAAAAAACAAGUCAAGUUAUUGCCCGCACAGGCAAAAUUCUUUGUAUACAUGAAUAUCGUUCUAUUAGUCGUCACAAGAAUUUAAGUUAAAACAAAAAGAAAAUUGAUUGUGAUAUUCAUAAUUAAAUUUAAUGCACAUGUGUGCCGUAUAAGAAACAUGACUGCAAUUUUAAGUGUAGUAUCUACUACGAAUUGUCUAAAAGAAGAUCAUUUGUCAGCUCCUAUUUUACUGUUAACUAAACUAUGCGACUAAUAUAGAGUAUGUAUACGUAUGUAUUAAUUUUGAUUUUGUUGGAGAUUUGAUAGAAAAGAAAGUGGCAGAAAAAGAAAAAACUUGCAUACACGCGUUCGUGCAAUUAAGUCAAAUACUACUUCUCACUUCGAUAGCUUUCCAAAAACAAAGACAAAAACAAAAUUAAUUUUAAGAGACUUUGUAUCUAACACCAAAAUAGAACACCUGGACCUCUCUGGGAUACAAAUACCGAACUUUCGCGAGAACUAUGAAUAGCUGAAGCAAAAACUAAGUUGACGUUUGUCAAGCGAUUUUGGAAGCUUGAGAGUUUAUUCUUAUUCUCUUGAGCGCUAUAACCAGUCGUCAGAAUUUAUAGUCAAGUGAUAAUUAUAUGAUAUUGAUUCUCAUUAUUAUCGUACGAUAUAGACGAA